UAAUAUCAAAGGAAAUUCAUUUGUCAUUAUUAGGUAACAAAAAAACAAAAACUAAAAAAAACUUCCACUAGAAAACAGGGAAAAGGGGCGGAGUCUAGUGAUGUGUCAGAACAGUCAAUGGUCAGAACAGUAGGAACCUGUAGAUGAGUGCAGGUGAAGAGGCACAAACAUCAUUUCUACAUGUUUCUGAGGGAGUGAAGAACGUCCACACACAAGUGUUUCCAGGGUUCAUUGUCCUGCUGGAGCUCCAUCUCAGCCUUUGGUCGCUGACAGUUCACCUGGCCGUGCUUCGCCAGUAUCCUGGCAAACACAGGUGUGAGUUUUGACCUUUUCUUUAAGAAAAGGUGAAGCUAUUAGAUCUGCUGCCCCCUCCUGAUCGGGUCUCGGGACAGUCAGGCUCAUCAGUAACUUUGCGCAUGUACGCAGCUCGUGUGACGUAACACGCUCCGUUCCACGCCAUCACGCACGGAGUUGCGGCGGGGCGGAAAACAGAUCCGCUGCGGGAUUGGAGCGGACGGUGAGCGGCAGGGACGGCUCAUAUGGACUCGGUACCGGCACCGGGAUCCAGCUCAGAUAAAGGCUCAGCCAUGCUUCACGGGGAGGACAGCUGUACGGCAGUAGAAGAUGGUGGUGAGGAGGACCAGCACCGGCCUCUUAUCCUGGAAAGAAUUGAGAAGGAAACGGGAAGAACCUGGAGAACGGUUUUGUCUCAGCGGCUCAGGAAGCACUGCUCCUGCACGCCAGAGAAGGCCAAAUCCAGAAUCCUCAGCUUCUUCCCGGUUCUCCAGUGGCUGCCGCGCUACAAGCUCAGGGACUGGAUCCUGGGGGAUGUUAUGUCAGGAGUGAUUGUUGGAAUCCUAUUGGUUCCCCAGUCCAUAGCCUACUCCUUAUUGGCCAACCAGGAUCCCAUAUACGGCCUGUACACAUCUUUCUUCGCUUCCAUCAUCUACGCCCUCCUGGGCACUUCCAGGCACAUCUCGGUGGGGAUUUUUGGAGUGCUCUGUCUGCUCAUUGGCCAGGUGGUGGACAGGGAGUUGGCCCUGGCGGGAUACCUCCCGGAGAGCAGCCUGAGUGGGAAUGACAGCAGUGUCCCGUUGGCUGGAAAUGACAGUGGUGUGGUGGGAUGUGACCGGAGCUGCUACGCGAUUGCCGUGGGGGCCACAGUUACCUUUACUGCUGGGAUUUACCAGGUGCUAAUGGGCCUUCUGCAGGUGGGCUUUGUGUCUGUCUACCUGUCGGACUCCCUCCUCAGCGGGUUUGCUACAGGAGCCUCCUUGACCAUCCUGACGUCUCAGAUCAAGUACCUGCUGGGCCUGAAGAUCCCCCGUCCUCAGGGCUGGUUCACUCUGUUUAAGACAUGGUACGGCCUGCUGAGCAACCUCGGGAACACCAAUGUGUGUGACCUCAUCACCAGUCUGGUGUGUUUGGCAGUACUCAUACCUACGAAGGAGCUCAAUGACCGCUUCAAGUCCAAGCUAAAGGCGCCGAUCCCAUUCGAGCUCUUUGUGGUGAUAAUUGCCACCCUCGCAUCUCACUUUGGCCAUUUCAACACCGAAUAUGGGUCAGGUGUGGCUGGGGCCAUCCCCACAGGCUUCCUCCCUCCUCAAAUGCCCACGUGGUCUCUGAUCCCCAACGUGGCCGUCGACGCCUUCUCCAUCGCCAUCGUGGGAUUCGCCAUCACCAUCUCACUGUCGGAGAUGUUCGCCAAGAAGCACGGCUACACGGUGGAUGCCAACCAGGAGAUGUAUGCCAUCGGGUUCUGCAAUAUCCUGCCAUCGUUCUUCCACUGCUUCACCACUAGCGCCGCGCUGACCAAAACCCUCGUCAAGGAGUCGACCGGGUGCCAGACGCAGCUGUCAGGGCUGAUCAGUGCUCUCCUCCUGCUGCUGGUUCUUCUGGUGAUCGCGCCGCUCUUCUAUUCCCUCCAGAAGUGUGUUCUUGCUGCCAUCAUCGUGGUGAACCUCCGCGGUGCUCUUCGAAAAUUCACCGAUAUUCCCUGCAUGUGGCAUGCCAACCGCAUCGACGCCUUCAUCUGGCUGAUCACCAUGGCAACCUCAGCGCUGGUCAACACGGAGAUGGGGCUUCUUGUGGGGGUUUUGGUGUCGGCUUUCUGUGUCCUGGGCCGAACUCAGCGGGUCCAGGUCCUGAAGCUCGGCCGGGCUAUGACCAGGGAGCAUUACGAAGAUCUGGCGUCUUACAAAGGCCUCCAAACGCACCCCGACGUGGCCAUCUUUAGAUACGAAGCGCCAAUCUACUAUGCCAACCAGAGCCUGUUUAAAAAGUCUCUGUACAGGUGUGUAGGACUUGACCCUGUGAAGGAGAAGAGCCGCCGUGUCAAGUUCCAGAACAGCAAACUGCAGGAAGAGGCUGCCGGAGUCCCAACUAGCAAAACGGACGAGAAAGAGGCCGAAGCUCCUGCAGCCGUCACCCUGAUGAUGGACACAGCCUCCCAUUACUUACGCAGGAUAGUGAUCGACUGCAGCGCCGUCUUGUUCCUGGACACUGCCGGAGUGAAUGCUCUAAAGGAGGUCCGCAAGGAUUACGGAGAGCUGGGGGUGGCGGUGGAGUUGGCUCAGUGUAAGACCUCUGUGCUGGACACGUUGGAACGAGGAGGAUACUACUGCAACCAAAAAGGAGGCGACGCAGGAGAGAACCGCAUGAUCUUCUUCACUAUCGAAGACGCCGUCCGCCACGUCGAAAGCCGCAGCACUCCUAACGGAGACUAUAAGUCCUAAAGAGACAACACGUCUAUGUUUACAUGUCUGCAGCGUGUGGCUGCACAGAUGUGCCUUUGUAACAGUUUUCUGAAGUCCUACCUUCAUCUCAGGUUUCUGCAUCCAGACAGGUGAUCAAUCACCACAGUGUGAACGUCCAUGUACCGAUAACUCACCUGUGGACUGUAUAAGAAGAACCAGCCACCCACGAGGAAAGAAUACCCAGACCCUACCUGACAGCUUGAGUCUGUGUCUAAGGCAGACUCAGCAAGUUUACAUCUGCAUAGUACAAGUGCUGCACAGUGUAAAAUAUGUGUUUUAUACUGCACGUGGGAAAUAUGUGUUUCAUAAUGCACAGUACUGCACAGUGAGUACAAGUACUGCACAGUGUGAAGUUCAAUUCAAUUCAACUGUGCAGUUGGAAGUGUUCCCAACUGCACAGUACAAGUACUGCACUCUGUGUACAAGUACUGUACAGUGUGAAAUAUGUGUUUCAUAAUGCACAGUACUGCACAGUGUGUACAGCACAAUGUGAUAUGUGUUUUAUACUGCAGAGUACAAGUACUGCACUCUGUGUACAAGUACUGUACAGUAUGACACUGGUCAUGCCCUAGUGUUGUUUAUAGAAACCAGAGCCGUAUUCUGACUUAAUUUUUAGAUACUGAGUUGGAACGAUGCACGUGCACAUGUUCAGGAUGACGACUGGGGUUAGGAUUUAAAACAGGUGUAAAUGAUUUAGUAUUUUUUUUUGUUGGUUUUUUUUAUAAGGUAUAAACUGGAUUUUUUGCCACAAUCAAAAACGAUCGUAAUCGUCUGCUGUUUCGUGUUUGGGUCCAUCAGUCCAAUCAUGAUUGACGCCUCAGGGCAGGAAGUUUGAAACACAUGUAGAAAAAAGCAGCAGCUCUGCUGCUCUGAGGAGAGACAUUGGAGGUAUCUAAAUGCUUUAGAUUUUUAGAUCAGAACCCUGCUGGAUAAAAACAUAGAUUCUUCAUAUGUGCUUAAUAAGAAGCAGCCAUCCUGUGCCUGAACAUGAAUGUACGUGCAAUGACCCGAGGAAGCAUUUGUCUGUUAGCACUGAUCACAGGUGUAUGCAUGUGCUUCCAGAUCCUCUGACAGACGAAUAUUCCUCCGGUGAGGAUGAGAGACUCUUCCUGUUUAACUGUUAGCUGCAGUCACAUGACCUUGGCCUGUGCCUUCUUUCUGUGAAUCGGGUAAUGAAUUAGGCAAAGUUCGAGUUGAAGAAAAACAAAAGUGCAGUGUGAGAUUUCGAGGUUGCUGUGAUGUUGAUUCGUGGGGGUCAGAGAUCAUGGGUUGUGCCUUAGUUAACCUGACCCCCCCACCCCCCCCCACACACACACACACGAUGAACAUAGCCUCCCGUUACUUACGCAGAGUAGUGAUCGACUGCAGCGCCAUCUUGUUCCUUGACACUGCCGGAGUGAAUGCUCUAAAGGGGGUCCACAAGGAUUACGGAGAGCUGGAGGUGGCGGUGGAGUUGGCUCAGUGUAAGACCUCUGUGCUGGACACGCUGGAACGAGGAGGAUACUAUUGCAACCAAAAAGGAGGCGACAACACACACACACACACACACACACACACACACACACACACACACACACACACACACACACACACAGCAGAGAGGGGUUUUGAUGUACUUUCUGUAGCUUUAAUGAAACCUGCCUCAAUAAACUUGGUAGCAUUAUUAUUCAUAGAGCACUUAAUUAUUAGAAAGGCCGAAGUUAGUUCUUAAGCAGAUGUAUUCUACAGUUUUUUAUUAUGAGAAAAUUUUUUAUGUAUACGUGUUUCUGAGUAUGUGCCUAAAGCUUAUGCACUAAAAUUUUGUACAUGAGUUUUACUGUAAAGCAGCACAAUCCUGGCAGCAGUUUUACUCUUUGCGCUUUUCAAAGCUGUUUUAUUAACUUAAAUAUCCAAACUCUCCAUCCUGCUUCCAUCUCAAAGGGUUUAAUCAUGAUAAUCAGAUAACUGAGCGGCUUAUCUCAGCUGAGACCAGAAAAGUUUUUUUGCUCUUGACCUUUCAACCCUGCUUUGUUUAAUGUAUGUUCACAGCACCAACGUUAAGUUUUAAUGCUUGAACCUUUUAACUAGCUGAUCAGGGUAAGAACAGAAGUUUGUUCUCAAUGCAAAAGUGUUGCUGAAAUGGAGCGUGCUGAUAUGCAGUGAUGGAAGAUUUUAAACUGAGAAAAUCUUUGUAGAGUUGUUUUUAUACUGGGUGUAUGUGACAGGACGUGGCGUUUCCAGCCUCUGUCCUUGCUAAUUUAAAGCAGUAGUGGUAUAUAUUUUAUAGCUGUUUUUACAGAGAAAAUCAAAAAGAAUUAUGGAUUAGUUUUGCUGCAGAGUUGUAAAAGUUGAUCACACAGCUGUUGAUGGAGGUGAAUAUGCUUGGUGACGCGAGAGUUUCAUGUCGUUCUCCCUGAAUGCUUGCCCGAGCAGCUAAACACACACGCGGUGCUUUUAGAGAACAAAGUCCUCGCUUCUGUAUCUAAAUGUUAAACAGAAAAACAUGACGUAAGCUCCCAUUUAUUCCAAUCAGCUUAUUUAAGUUUAUUGUGUAUCCUGGUAUCAGAAUGAAGCUGUGUUUUACUGGAAAAUAAAAUCCUGUCUGAUUCCUC